ACUUAGCGCGUGAGCCCUCGUCCACAUUGUCGCCAUGCCUGCCGACAUCAGCCAGUGGUCCGGGCCGCUGAGCCUGCAGGAGGUGGACGAGCGUCCCCAGCACGCGCUGCGGGUUGCCUACGCCGGGGUGGAGGUAGACGAGCUGGGCAAAGUGCUGACGCCCAUCCAGGUUCAGAAUAGGCCCAGCAGCAUUUCGUGGGAUGGCCUUGACCCAGGGAAACUCUACACCCUGGUCCUCACCGACCCAGAUGCUCCCAGCAGGAAGGACCCCAAAUUCAGGGAGUGGCACCAUUUUCUGGUGGUCAACAUGAAGGGCAAUGACAUCAGCAGCGGCAAGGUCCUCUCGGAUUACGUGGGCUCUGGGCCUCCCAGUGGCACAGGCCUCCACCGCUAUGUCUGGCUGGUGUAUGAACAGGACAAGCCACUCAACUGUGACGAACCCAUCUUCAGCAACAGGUCAGGAGAUCAUCGCGGCAAGUUCAAGGUGGGGGCCUUCCGCAAGAAGUAUCACCUGGGAGCCCCGGUGGCGGGCACAUGUUACCAGGCGGAGUGGGACGACUACGUGCCCAAGCUGUAUGAGCAGCUCUCUGGGAAAUAGAGGAGCCGUGGAGGCCAGCGGUCCUGGGGACCCCCACAGUAUUGUCAAGUUGUACAAAGCAUGCUGUUUCUCCUCCUUUCCUACCCCCUCGCAGGGAGUCCUGAGCUGUGCUAGGAUAGAGGUGUAGGGUGACCUCCUGCUGCCCAUCCUUAUGAUUCUAAUAAUCGUUGCUAGGUUUAUGUUUGCUCAAAUUUAGGCUCCA